UGUCCAGCGGGAGGACUGCCGAGGACGGGACACUCGAGGAUUCUCCGAUUCCAAGACUGACACCCGCGACUGACGACACGUCAUGAUUCGUUUCGGGUUCGGGCCAUCGAGCCGCUGCGAAAGAAGCGAAGGACAGUGAGUGGCGCAGGGACGAGGAAGAGCGAGGCGCGCUGGUCGGGUUCCUUUUGGAGUCUUGAUAAAUAGUUAAUGUCAGUGACAGAUAAACAUCUGGAGCUGGAAAAGACGUCACCGACUGAACUGGCAGACCUCCGGACGGAUCGAUGAUGAUCGAGCCACCAUAAUCUAGCGCUCUCGACACUAAGCAUUUACAGCUGCGAUUGCCUGCACCCACUGUCCCGCCCCACUCGACCGCCCGACCGACCGACCGACCGUCCGACGGAUUUCGUCCUUCUUCUCCCGGCUGCCUGCUUCGUACUGCACGAUUGCCGAGCGCUCGCACAAUUCAAGAAUCGCUGGCUCCACUGCUUUUCAGUGUGUUCUCCGCUUGGCUGGGUGGUUGGAGCCCCGUUUCAGUCUCUCGAUGGCGCUGUGCCUCGAUCAUAAAAUUCGGAGCCUGAUUUCUUAGUGCUGCGCACGGUUUUGGUGGCCUCGACUUCCAUCACAAAAUUUUCAGUCCGCGGGUCAGAAUAUUCCACUCGCUGUCUGGACUAGAAACAGUCAGACGCUGCGAUUCUUUCGUUCCAAAAUAUUGGCUUUUACUCUUGAGGUGUGGCUUUGUGCCUUCGGCGGUGGGCGGGAGCUGUUCUGCAUCGUUCGAGUCCUCCAUCGCUCUUUUACGCACGUACUCUAGCUUUUUUUCAGGAAAAAGAAAACGAAGUUUAAACACUGAAUCCGCACCGUCAGUCUCAGUCUCUCGUAGGGGGCAAUGAGAAGUGUUGCAAGCGCUGUGGAUCAUGCAGGCUUGUGCUAGUUUUGCAACAUUUCAACCAGUGAACACUCCUUGUGAGCAACAUAAUUAUUUCUGUCGCCAUGGAUGGUGCCACUUGUCUGGGGAGAUUAUGGUGAAAUCUGGACGAGAUUAUUAUGGGAUAUGGAGGAGAUUAUGAUGAAAUUUGGGUAUCCUACGGUCUUACAGGUAGAAAUGUAGUGAUCAAGGCAUUGGAGAUCUUGAAUGUUAAUUUGGCAUAACGGGCUACGUUUCGUAAGAACUAUCAGGCUGUAGAAAAAUGAUCAAAAGCUUCUAAGAUGUCUAUGGAACGCAGCGCUUCUUCGGGUCACGUGGCCGUAGACCGUUCUCCAUCGGGCAUCAUGGACCGUUCUCCGUCCGGACGCUUGGACCGUUCUCUGUCAGCCCGUUCGGAUGCGAGCUCUGUCUGCUCAUCAGUCCACCCAUUGUAUGCUGACGACGAUGAAGCAGAGGCGCAAGCACUUCUCAGGCCUAUCAUACCGAGAACAGCUGGAGUGGAAGCUUGGCAGAGGCAAGAUCAUGCUCCAAUGUUGACGCGAUCCGAUUCUAUGGAUGGCAGUUGGAGUCCGUAUCUAAGAGAUCUGCACAGGUUAAGUUUGUGCUUUCUGUUCGUCUUUCUCGCGUACGGUGCAACUCAAAACUUGGAGAGCAGCCUUCACACGGAUGAAGGUCUAGGAUCGACAUCCCUAGGAGUUUUGUAUCUCUCGUUAACUGUGUGCUCUCUCGGCGCUCCUAUAGUGGUUAUGUGGUUUGGCUCAAAAAAUGCUCUGUUACUGGGUCUUUCGGGCUACUGGAUGUUCAUCGCAGCGAAUUUAUUCCCUUCCUGGUACACGUUGAUUCCUGCUUCUAUCUUUCUUGGUUUCACGGCUUCUGUCCUUUGGGUCGCAGAGGGCACAUACUUAACUUUCGCUGCCAAGAAUCACGCAGCGGUGUGCAAUAUUCCGGAGGCAACAGCACUCGGAAGCUUCAAUGGAGAGUUUUGGGGGGUAUUUUCUGUUAAUCAGGUCAUCGGAAAUAUGUUGAGUCUUGCGUUGUUGGAAUUUCGAAAGAAUCCAGAUUUACAACCCGACAAGUCAUCCGCAGGCCUUGUGGAACUUUUUCUUGUUUUCCUCGGGAGUAUGACGUUUGGUACAAUAUUAGCUUGCUUUCUAAGAUCCCACGCACAUUUGACCAGCCGAGCAUCCUCUGCGGAUGUUUCUCUAGCGAAUCGAGGCUAUGCAAAAGCCUCAUUUGCGCUACUCUCUGAAAGAAAGAUGUUGUUUCUUAUUUGUCUUCUAGUCUAUACUGGGAUGCAGCAGGCUUUUAUAUGGGGAGAUUUCACCAGAGAUAUCAUCACUCCAACACUCGGGCUGUCAUGGGUUGGGGGCGUCAUGGCUGUUUACGGUGCUUCUGAUACUAUAGCAUCGUUUGUUGCUGGUCGACAUUCAUCUGGAUUAGUGUCUAUCUCUGUAAUUUUAAUCGCAGGAGCAUGUUGCCAAAUCCUUGUGAUGGGUCUUCUUUUCUUCGAAGGACCGUUUGAACAGGAUUCGAGAUCUUAUUUCACUGUCUUUGGAGCAGCUGUCAUCUGGGGAGUAGGUGAUGCAACCUUCAACACUCAAAUCAGUGCAGUGUUGGGUAUUUUCUAUCCAAAUGACACUGAAGCGGCUUUUGCUCAAUGGAAGAUCUGGCAAAGUGCAGCAACAUCAGCUGCCUUCUUUGUCAGCCCCUAUACCACUUUGAGCUCAAAGAUCACGUUCCUCUUCAUAUCUCUCUUGCUCUCAAUGUCACUGUUUCUAGUGGUUACGUGGCGGCAAUCAAGAUAGUGGUAAUGAUUCUUCAUUUUGGGUUGAACCAUUACAAGUAUCAACCUGUGACUACCUUUCGAACUGACAUAUGUCUGGGCAGUCCCGUGGAUGUACUGCUGCACUCUUUCAAUGUUCCAAAGACUAGGUCUGGAUUGAGGAUGCUGUGUGAACUUCUCUCGUACCUUGCCUCUGGCAUGAGCCGCAGAGGACUUCUGAGAUGCUUCAUGUCUCUUACUACAUCUUGAAAUAUUCGUCUGUGACAAAGCUAGUGGGGGCACUUGGAAUAUGUUCCUGACUUUUGAUCCUCUCCCAGUUUUUGUGCAUUUCUUCCGGACAUCACUCCUUAUAGAACUACAGGGAAAUUUGGUCCUCUGAAAAAGCUUUGCGCAUAUGUAGGAGGACAUGUAUCUCGUGUCCAGUUGUUGAAUAUUUGAAGGAAAUUGUGGAUAUCAACUUUGUAAUAUAGGUCUUGGUAUUGUUUGUAAAUUUCGUGCAAAUGCUGUGUCUUUGCGCAGAAUACAUGUAUUGGAUAAUUCUGGAUGAGUUUUGGCUUACAAUCACGUUUCACUCGUGAAAUUUGAAGAAUAAUUUAGAAACGUUUAGCAAGGUUGAACUUGUUGAAAGCAAAACUUGUUUAGUGGAUUUCGACCGUGUGAUUGUCGUCGCACAGUUCACUUGCGUUGAUUACAAGGUCGUUUGAUGUAGUUCCUGCUUGAGGAAAUAAUUUGUGUUAUUAUAUCAUCAUUUGAGAAAUAAAGG